AUGCUCCAGUUCCUGCUUGGAUUUAAUCUCGGCAACGUGGUUGGAAUGUAUCUGGCUCAGAACUAUGACAUACCAAACCUGGCUAAAAAACUUGAAGACAUUAAAAAGGACCUGGAUGCCAAGAAGAAACCCCCUAGUUCAUGAGGGCAACUCCAGCCCUGCCUUC